UCCGUGGUACCUGGUGCAGCGCGUGACGGUUGAAACGUGAGGAGGUGGUUUAACUUUGAUUGAAAGUUUAGGAGGGGAAACGUCUUCACAUUGUUUGGGUCAUUAUGCCAAAUAUUAUUAAUGAAAUUAAAUUGGACUUCAAAGAUGUGUUGUUACGACCGAAGAGGAGCACUUUGCGGAGUAGGGCAGAUGUUGAUUUAUAUAGGGAGAUAACGUUUCGAAAUUCGAAACAAACGUACAAGGGCAUUCCUGUGAUAGCUUCAAAUAUGGAUACAGUUGGAACUUUUGAAAUUGCUAAGGCCCUUGCAAAGCAUGGGCUGUUCACAACUUUGCAUAAGUACUACAGUUUGGAGGAAUGGAAGGACUUUGCAGAAAACAAUCCUGAAUGCCUGCAUUAUGUGGCAGCCAGUUCUGGUACAGGUCAAGGAGACUUUGAGCGUUUAGCACUGAUUCUCAAAGAGAUUCCAGGUGUGACCUACAUCUGCCUAGAUGUCGCCAAUGGUUACUCUCAGCAUUUUGUUGAGUACGUCCGUAAAGUGCGUGCCACCUUUCCCAAUCAUACUAUCAUCGCUGGCAAUGUGGUGACAGGCGAAAUGGUAGAAGAGUUGAUUCUCUCAGGAGCUGAUGUAGUAAAAGUUGGGAUUGGCCCAGGUUCUGUAUGCACUACACGCAUUAAGACAGGUGUUGGCUUCCCACAGCUGAGUGCUGUUCUUGAAUGUGCAGAUGCUGCACAUGGACUGCAGGGACAUAUCAUUUCUGAUGGAGGCUGCACGUGCCCUGGUGAUGUUGCAAAAGCAUUUGGAGCAGGGGCGGAUUUUGUGAUGGCUGGAGGAAUGUUUGCUGGACACGACCAGUGUGGGGGUGAUGUUAUCCAGCGCAAUGGGCGCAAAUUUAAGUUGUUCUAUGGCAUGUCUUCUGCAACAGCCAUGGAAAAACAUGCUGGUAGAGUAGCAGAGUACAGGUCAUCAGAAGGUAAAACAGUGGAGGUUCCAUACAGAGGUGAUGUAGAAGUGACUGUGUUAGACAUCUUGGGUGGAUUGCGCUCAGCUUGCACCUACACAGGUGCUGGUAAACUGAGGGAGCUACCUCGACGUGCCACCUUCAUACGCUGCACCCAGCAAGUAAAUCAGGUUUAUAGUAAUUUUGACCAGGGUGAGUAAGCAUUCACUGACUCAUGUAUUUCUUUGCUAGAUAUUUGUUUCUGCAUUUGAACAGUGAGAUGGUGCUGAGACUGCUGCAUGCCACCUCAGUAGCACAAUCAUUUUUGUCAUAUGGGAAGCAAAAAUUGUGAUUAUGGAGUAGAAUGCUGCUUUACAUUUGAGAAAACAGUACUGGAUUGUAAGGUGUUAUUUCGUAUAAUUGUGAUACAUGUUGCUGUGGCAGCAAAAAUCAGAAUGGUAUAUGAAAUAGUAAAUUACCUCUAAGAAUACAGGGAAUUUUUCUGAAGGUGGUGUAUCAACUUCUGAUUCCCUUGUGAUACUGUAUGUCUUUAAGAUUACUUUCUUUGUAAAGAAAAAUGUGAUAGUGAUUGAUGUAUUUAUCAGCUGAGAAGAAAUUAUUGAGCGAAGUUGUCCACGUUGAAAUCCUGAUCAAAUUUCAGGCUUACCAACAAUAUGUUAGAUUCACCUGCCAUUACUACUUAUUUUAUGUUCACUGUUGGAAAGAGUUAUUGAAAAAAAUCUACGCUUUAACCAUGCUUUGUCUUGCAAGGUCAUUGGAUGAAAUGUAUAUCUUUAUUCAAGCACAUUGUAUUCCUUGAUCUCUUCUGUACCUCACCAAUGUAAGAAUUCUGAAAUGUCUGUAUUCAUUCCUAGUGUUACCAAAACUGCUACUCUGUAUUAGACAUGCUUAUGUAGUAUCAAGCUAUUUCACUCUGCAGUGAAUAAUACAUGAGGCAGUAUAUUUUUCAAA